AUGGAAACCUAUCUCAAAGCUCUUGAUUUAUGGGAGAUAGUGGAAAGUGAUAAGCAACCUACUCCUUUAGGUAACAAUCCCACAAUUGCACAGAUGAAGUUCUUUAAUGAAGAAAAGGCAAAGAGAUUCAAAGCUCUUUCUUGUCUUCAUAGUGCUAUAAGUGAAGACAUCUUCACAAGGAUCAUGGCAUACAAAUCUGCCAAGGAAACAUGGGAUAAAUUAAAAGCAGAGUUCCAUGGUGAUGAGAAGUCAAGAAGGAUGCAGAUUCUGAAUCUGAGAAGACAAUUUGAAGACUCUAGAAUUGUAGAGAAAGUCCUGGUGAGUCUGCCAGAAAAGUUUGAACAUAAAAUCUGUUCUUUAGAAGAUUCUAAAGAUUUUUCUGAAAUGAGCUUGCAAGAACUGGUAAAUGCAUUGCAAGCUGUGGAGCAAAGGCAAGCAUAUAGACAAGAAGGAUCAAGUGAAGGAGCUCUUGUAGCAGUUUACAAGGAUAAAAGUCGGGCUAAGAACAUUUUCAGAAAUAAUCAAGAAGGAAAAAGAGCAAAAGGGAGAAGCUGGAAAUCUGCUAACUGGCAACAGAACAUCAAUAACAGCUUCAUGAGGGGGAAAGAGAAGAAAGAGCAUUUUCCUGCUUACAAAUACUGUCAGAAAACUAAUCAUCUUGAAGCCUGGUGUUGGCUCAAGAAUGCUCAAUGCCGAAACUGCAAGCAAUUUGGGCACAUCCAAAGAUUUUGCAAAAAUAAAACAAAAGCUGAACAACAAGCUCAAGUAGCCGAUUGUUCAGAAGUCAAAGAAGAUCUUUUAUUCAUGGUCACAAUUCAGGACAUGUGUAAUUCAGCAGAGCUAAAGGACUCAUCAUAG